AUGGCCGCCCUUUUCAACGAAGCAAAGAACAUUUACGACGAUGGCGAGGUAAAGGCCCCCGAGCCUGGUGUUGUUGUAGAGGGACAAAGCGGCGAGUGGAUAAUUUCUGGCAAGAAUCCUGACACUCCGCAACAUUAUCGUAUGCCACAUUACGGGGCGACUGCCUUCUUCAAUGGGUUUGUCACUCGCAAUGAUAAAAGGGAGCAAAGCAUGAGUGAAGCGAUGCUGGCCGAUGCUGAGGACGUUAAUUCGUCCGCACAACGCAAAAGUGAGGUUAUUAUGUACUCGGACUGGAUGCCCGGGAUUAAGAACCCUUGA